AUGACUGUUGGCGCGUUCUUGGAACCGCUCGUGGUUGUAACGCUUCUGUUUGGCGGUGCCUGGUUUAACAGAAACAAGGACUACAACUUUUGGGAGGGCACCCAAGGCUGGGGUGGCCACAAACGACGGGAUGAUGUUGAAAUAAAACCCAACUCAACAGAUGUUCCCUCUCCUAGGAGUCCAACUUGGAGUCCGGGUUCUUCUUCGCCAACACUCUCUGCCGAUGACGAAUCAGUCUGGUCUCUUACGUCGCGACGGCGCAAGAUUCAAUUCUUUGGGCACAACAAGAUCGUGACAACUCCGAACACUCUUGUGUUUAAAGAUCGAUUUUUGAGUCGAGUCCUCCAGAAAUUCCCGUUCCUGGUUGAAGCAUGGUAUUGGGCUCUGAUAUACUGGGUAUAUCAAUUAGGUCGAGCUUUUACCGCUGUUACCAUUGUGCAAGGCACCGUCCACGUCGCUCGAAAGCAUGCUCUCAAGCUGAUUCAUCUGGAGCAACGACUCGGUAUCUUUUGGGAAGUGUCCUUUCAGCAAUGGUUUUUGAAACACCCAAUUCUGCUGCACUGGAUCAACCGUGUAUAUUCCUUUAUCCAUAUUCCUGGCACGAUCUUUUUCUUGGUAGCUUUGUUUUACCUUACUACCAGUCGAAAGCGUCAAGCAAGGACUGGCCACGUACGAAACGACUUUGUCUCGGCUGGCCCUGCAUUAUACGAAGCCAGACGCCGGACGAUGGCUAUGUGCAACUUGAUUGCCUUUGUUGUGUUCACUCUGUGGCCGUGCAUGCCCCCUCGACUGUUGAGUGAUCCAACCUAUAAUGGGGCCGAUGCUGUAGAGGCGAAGAGUUUCGGCUUUGUUGACACUGUACACAGCAAUGCUGGCGAGAGCAGUGUCUGGACAACAAACAAGUUUUGCAACCAAUAUGCUGCCAUGCCAUCUCUGCAUUUCGGCUAUUCGCUCCUUAUCGGGUUGACCAUCGCAACUAUCCCCAUCAAUGGAGUCCGACCCAAUUCAUGGAAGCGGGCUGCCAUUUCUGUUCUCGGCCUGUCGUACCCAGCAUUGAUCUUCACAGCCAUCGUGGCGACUGCGAAUCAUUUCAUCUUGGAUGCCGUUGCUGGAGCAAUUGUUUGCGGCAUUGCGUGGAACGCGAACGGCCUCUUGUUGAACCUGUGUGUCCUCGAGGACCACUUCUUAUGGAUUGUACGGAUCCACAAGCCCGUCAACUAUACUGAUCCAGAGACUGCUGUGGAGCCCGAAUAUCAUUCUGUUCUUCUGUCGGAGGAGGUAUAG